AUGGCAACCUUGCUAGCUAUGGAUCACCCUCAAGAGUCACCCGAAUCCAAACAAGAAAUAUCUGAAAAUGAUCCAUUCCUUUCCCAGUCCGCUUACUCAACUCAUCAUCGCUUCUCUUGCUUUGAUCACGAAUCAUUUGCUCUUAGCCCUUCAACUUCACCCGAUCAAGUCAAAAGAGCAUUAGAGGCGCAUUUUGCUGAAACCGAGAGACGCAUCCAGGAGGCUUCAACCCUUGGAAAGGCACUAAUACAGCAACGAAAAGACAUCGCAGAGCGAUUGGAAGACGUACAAAGACAACAAGCCCAAGAUGAAAUAUCGCCUGAACUCCGACAGAAACUUGCUGAAAUAGAAAAAGAGUAUAAUGAAGUUGGCCGAGACUCUGCACGAGCGUUUUUACCAAAAUCUCGAGUGCUAAGUACCGAGCUCAAUGGAUCACCACUAAAAGAAAUAAAGGUAACAUCGAGCUACUGUGAUUCUACAAACAUUUCUAAUUCUGGACAGCGUUCUGGAAGUCCAUCUAAAGAAAGGCUUGAGUUCCAAGGCGUUGGUUCUCCGUCAAGGCUGGGCGUCGUCAACAGAAGACUACGAAAUCUACCAUCUAAUCGCCAUGAUGACCUCCAAUUUGCCACGGAUAUAAGUACUUCUCUCUUAUCGCAACUCCGAGAUCUUCAAGCUAUACUGCUUGAAAAAGAGGAACAUUUAAAGGUUACCACACUAGAAAAGUUGCGACUUGAGGAAGAAGCGGAAAGCUUUGCAGAGCACUUACGAAGCCUCAGUGAAAGUGGAGAACGCUACAAAGACGAGAAUUGGGCUCUCGAAACUCAAAUUCAUGAAUUUAUUUCCAAGGAGAAGGUGGCGGCUGACAGAGAGAGGCGACUGGCUCAGAGCCUCAACACUCUUCAGGCUGAGAAGACCGCUGCACAAAAAGAACUAGAUGAAAUAAAGUUAAUUCAUGCUAAAUUUUCUGAAGACCAUGCAUCAACCCUUAAGCAUCACGAAGCCGAACUUAGUAGUAUGAGACGGCAGCUAAGCUCAGUAGAGACGGAACGAGCAGCUCUGCGACGUAAAGUCGAUGAAUUACUCGGUCAAAACCAUGAACUUGUUAAAGCUAUCGCUAGUAAUCGAGGAAGAUAUGAGGAACGCGAUCAAAGUCGAGGAAUGGGUGAUGAUGACCUUGAAGUUGCCCCAAAUGAUCUUACUCCGGAGCAUUCGCCGCCUCCUUCACCUGUCAAGGGAACUCCGCGUCACAGUAUGCUUGAAUCUGAAACUCUAAAGAGCUCACUACACCAUGCACACCGAACUAUACAAACGCUUAAAAGCAAUAUACAGCGGGAAAAAUCCGAAAAAUUAGAGCUCAGACGAGUACUUCAAGAUGCUAGAGAUGAGCUGGAAGUUCGUCGUAGAGAUGCUGGAUCAGGUAAUGUAAAGAAGGCCCGUAAAAGAGAGGUUAAAGAUGUCAAAAAACCCUUAAACCCCGGUCAUCUCGGUCUUUCCAGAAGUAGUAAAAGCGAGAUAUUCAUCAAUGAUGCAAAUUGGGAGGAUGAUUGUGAGAAACUGGAUUCAGAUCACCAUGCUCUGUUAACCGUUCAACAACUUCCCGUAAGAGCUUUAAAUUCAGAAAUUACUUCAGCCAGCCGAAAUACUGGCUCACCUCCUGACAGUAGUGACCAAUUUGAUACCGCGAACGAGCAAGAAACUAGUGAUGCUUUCGAAACUGCAGAGGAAACACACUCGGGUCGAGGUGAAUUACGAACAGCUGAAGAGGAAUUUAGCGAAGAACUUACUGAGACAGAGUAUGGGUCUGGUGGGAUAACAAGGUCAAAUGCUUGUCGUAGUAUCCUCUCAUCGCCAGGAAAUCGCCACUCAUUUCACAGUACUGCCUCUACUUCUGACGAUGACUACAAUUGGAGCCAAGAGACUCGGACUCUUAAUUCUAAACAGCCCUCGCGUCUUCGCUUAAGAGUCGGACAUGGUAGUAGCCGAAGAUCUCGAGUAGCUAGUCAAGAGCCUCAAUCUCGGAGUAGCCCAGCUAGUCGUGCGACGAGUAGCAGAAAUGGCACUCCUAAAGCAACUGGAAAAAGCCUAUUCGCCGAAAUCGGUGAUAUGGGUAAUAGUGAAGACGAGGAAUCAUUACAAGAAACCCCUACACCAAGCCGUCACGUUUCCAUCUCAGCUGCUCCAGAUUCAAUAUUCACAACCGAAAGAUGUGUCAACAUACUUCCAUUACCGCCUACACCCAAGCCAUAUAUGGUCGAGAGCGGCACAAUGACUGAACCCUGGGUUCCACAAGCACAUAAAGAUCAAGUAGAUUCUCAGAGCAGACUCGCGACCGCGACCGCGAUAUUUUCAGAAAAACUUAAGAAAGCAGGAAACUUAGGAGCUCCUUCAGAUCGAACAACAAUCCGGAUGAAUGAUGCAUCAAGUCAGUGGUGUGCAGAGAACUUCUCAAACCCCGCAGAUACAGUCACUCGCUCUGUUUUGACAACCAAAUGUAGUGAUAUUGACUCUCAGAACGAAUUAGUCCAAAGGUGUUCUGGUGAGAAGAACUUGUUACACUUGGCGCAGUCAUCUGGUUACUCAGCUACAACGACUAGCGAAGCCAAAAAUAUAUCCCUCAGCAUUUCCACUAUAAUCUCAAACGACUUUGAACCGCUUGAAGUUGAGGAUCAGAUUGAAAAUUGCCAUAAAAAAUCAGAGAUACUUGCGCCUUGUUCUAUGGUAUUAUCACAAAUACAAAGCGUGGAAACUGAGCCAUUGGAGAUUAAUCGUGUCCACAAAGAUGAUAAAAUUGAUUCUCUAGGUACUUUUGUCAAGAUUGAAGACUCUCAUAAUUCAAAGCCAUCUAUCUCUCAGAUUUGUGACUUUGGAUCCGAUUUAGACAAAGAUCUAGACCUAUCACUCUCUAGCAUCCCAGAAGGUCAACCAUCAUCAAAUAAAAAAUUUACGAAUUAUGAAAAAAUACAGAAAUAUGCUGAUGAAUCUUCCACAGACAAAUUGUGUCUUCAGGGGCCCAUUAAACAAAUAAACGUUGAUGAAAGCUCACAAACGAUGUUGACAGCGAGCCAGAUUAGUGAAAUCCUAAGAGAAGAAAUUGAAAAAUCUAAACCUGAUAAGUGCCUCAAAUCCAUGUCAUUAACUCAGGCAUCAUCUAUUUAUGAGAAACCCUCUGAUAAAUUGUCUGACAAUAUGGGGAGUAUUGCUAGUAACAAGACAGGAUUAGCUGCGACUAAGGAUGUGCGUCUCAAGAUACCUAUGAGCCGGUCGCACAACUCUGAGAUUCAGGACGACAGUAAAAUCAGUAAUCAUCAACCAGUCAAAGAUGGUAAAAAACAAAACAACAUAUCAAACAACCAGCGAAUUAAUUUACAAAAAUCUAACAUUCAUCAGAAGAUAGACCCCGCAACAUUAUUGCUGACCCCAACUCACAAAUUUGACCCAUUGCAUAGACCUACAACACCAAAUGCUAAUCAAUUGAACCCAUUCUCCUUUGAAGAUUGUACAACUCCCCGGCCGAUUAAUGUACCGACAGGUGUAGAGGCCCAAGAAUUCAAUCAUAAGUUAAAAUCAACUAAUCCCUCAAUUUCCUCCUUUGCUUCAGAAGUAGAAUCUCGCUUUCAAAUGCAACGUGGAUUAGACAAUGCCUACGAUAUACAUUCUGGCACAGAUCCACGUAUGAUAAAUGCAAUCACUCAAACAAUGAUUGGAGAGUAUCUAUGGAAAUAUACUAGAAAGACUGGUCGUGGAGUAAUGUCGGAGAAACGUCAUAGGCGCUACUUUUGGGUACAUCCGUAUACAAAGACUCUUUACUGGAGCGACCGUGACCCAUCUUCUGCUGGCCGCGCCGAAUUGAGAGCCAAGAGCGUUCCCAUAGAGGCUGUGCGAGUCGUAACGGAUGACAACCCUAUGCCUCCAGGGCUCCAUCGUAAAAGUUUAAUCAUUAUUACUCCGAGCCGAGCUAUUAAAUUUACGGCGACUACGGGACAGCGACAUGAAACUUGGUUCAACUCCCUGUCUUAUCUUUUGUUACGAACCGGAGAAGCUACAUCCCAGGGCACACCUGGAAUCAUUGUACACGAAGAAGUGUCAGAGUUCAAUCCCGAACGUACAAAUCAACGAACAGGAAUGGCUUCGCUAUCCUCCUAUAAUAGUCGUACAACAAAAAACGAGCCUCUCGAAAAUCCUCCUCAUGCAACUGGUCUCAGGUCUUAUCCACCUACUGCAGGGACUUUUUCUAGGCUCAGUAGCUACUGGAGACCUGGCAAAGAUGGAGUUGUAGGAAGCCUUUCCAGUCGACAAAGCAGAUAUAGCUCCGAGAAUAAUGAGAGUAUCUACGAAGCCAGUCAAGUUCACGAUAGUGCCGAAGAUGUCAGAGAAAUUAUCGAAAAGCAAGAUCGUGAAUCUGAUAAGUUAGAGAAUGUGCGAGCAUGUUGUGACGGUCGGCAUGACGUAGGUCACUUACAUAGUUCCACUCAAAGUCGCUACUCAAGGGUUACAUGA